AUGAAGUACACCACCAUCUGUGCCGCCUUCUUUGCGGCUAUUGCUGCGGCGUCCGACGUCGAGCAGCUCAACAAGGACACGUUCAAGUCCUUCAUCGAGGAGAAUGACCUCGUCCUCGCAGAGUUCUUCGCCCCAUGGUGCGGUCACUGCAAGGCCCUGGCUCCCGAGUACGAGACGGCGGCGACUACCCUCAAAGAGAAGGAUAUCAAGCUCAUCAAGGUCGACUGCACAGAGGAGGCUGACCUGUGCCAAGAGUACGGUGUCGAGGGCUACCCUACUCUCAAGGUCUUCCGUGGCCUCGAGACCGUGUCACCCUAUGGCGGUCAGCGCAAGGCCGACAGCUUGAUCUCAUACAUGACCAAGCAGGCCCUCCCCGCUGUUUCUGAAGUCACCAAGGACACUCUGGCCGAAUUCAAGACGGCUGACAAGGUCGUUCUCAUUGCUUACUUCGCCGCCGACGACAAGGCGUCCAACGAGACCUUCACUUCGGUUGCCAAUGGCCUACGCGACAACUUCCUCUUUGGUGCCACCAGCGACGCUGCUCUGGCCAAGGCUGAGGGUGUCAAGCAGCCCGGCCUAGUUCUCUACAAGUCUUUCGACAACGGCAAGGAUGUAUUCACCGAGAAGUUCGACGCUGAUGCAAUCCGCGAAUUUGCCAAGGUCGCCUCGACCCCCCUUGUCGGUGAGGUUGGCCCCGAGACCUACAGCGACUACAUGUCUUCUGGCCUGCCCCUCGCCUACAUCUUCGCCGAGACACCAGAGGAGCGCGAACAGCUCGCCAAUGAACUGAAGCCCCUCGCUGAAAAGCACAAGGGUAAGGUCAACUUCGCUACCAUUGAUGCCAAGAGCUUCGGCCAGCAUGCUGGAAACCUCAACCUCGAGGUCGGCAAAUGGCCCGCCUUUGCCAUUCAGCGCACCGACAAGAACGACAAGUUCCCUUACAGCCAGGACAAGGAGAUCACCGCAAAGGAGAUUGGCUCUUUCGUCGAGGACGUCAUCGCUGGCAAGAUCGAGCCCAGCAUCAAGUCUGAGCCCAUUCCAGAGUCCAACGACGGCCCUGUCAAGGUCGUUGUUGCCCACAACUACAAGGACAUCGUUUUCGAAGAGGACAAGGAUGUUCUUGUCGAGUUCUACGCUCCAUGGUGCGGUCACUGCAAGGCUCUUGCCCCCAAGUACGAGGAGCUCGGCCAACUGUACAGCUCCGAUGAGUUCUCGAAGCUCGUUACCAUCGCCAAGGUUGAUGCAACCGCCAACGACGUGCCGGCUGAGAUCCAGGGUUUCCCUACUAUUAAGCUUUUCGCCGCCGGCAAGAAGGACUCACCUAUUGACUACAGCGGCUCGCGCACUGUUGAGGACCUCAUCAAGUUCAUUCAGGAGAACGGCUCACACAAGGUUGAGGUCGACUACACCCCUCCACCUCCUGAGACGGCUGAGGAGGAGGACGGCGAGGGACUUGCUGAGCAGGCCGCAGCUGCCACUGAGGCCGCUGCCGAGGCCGCUGAAGAUGCUACUGAGGCUGUCAAGUCUGGUGCCGCAAAGGCCACCGACGCUGCCAAGGAGGCUGUCGCUGAGGACCACGAUGAGUUGUAA